GCGUCUGCUGAUACAGACCAUCCCAAGCGACUGAUGGACCAUGACGACAAAAUAACAAGGAACUAACAAUAAACAUUUUCUUAUAAGUCUUUAUUGAACUCCCUUACAUCGGAACUUGCAAAAAUAAAAUGGCAAAUCGUAAUCCUGAACAUAGUUUCUCGACACCUAAAGAAGUAAUUUCAGGACUCCCAAACUUCGGAUGGCGUGUUAAACUUGACUACGAGUGCAAAGAAAACUGCAAACCAUUUCAGACCCCACGACUUAGUCAAAUUCCGUCCCUGGUUGGACUUGGUUUAAGGUACACUGUCCAUACACUGAAAUGCUAUAAGAAUGGAAGACGACCCCAUAUGGACUUUACUAAUCCUGUACCUCACAAACCAAUGUAUGGUUGUCCUAUAGGGGGUAUCGGGUCAGGUUCUAUUGGUCGUGGUUACCGCGGGGAGUUCUGCAGAUUUCAGAUGGUUCCUGGAAUGUAUGAGUAUCACACGGUGCAGGCUGAUGCUUUUUUAGUAACCAUCAUCAAGGAAGGCAAGACUGUCUACCAGAAGGUGCUUACCGGUCGUCGGGUUCACAAGAACCUGAAGUUGUGGGAGUGGGGCUUUCCCCUGGGUCAGGCAACCUACCAGGCCCUCUACCCACGGGCCUGGACAGUGUACACAAUACCUGAGUUCAACCUGAGGCUCACCUGCAGACAGGUGUCCCCUAUCAUUGCCCAGGAUUACAAGGACUCCAGUUUCCCAAUGACAGCAUUUGUGUGGGAUGUUGAGAAUGAGGGAAAUGAUGACCUGGAAGUUGCCAUAACAUUCUCUUUUAAGAAUGGAGUAGGCUCCAAGAAGGACUACCAGGGUGGCUGUUACACAGAGAGUUUCAAGGGAGAUGGCAGCGUGUCUGGGGUGAUGAUUCACCAGAAGUUCCAUGACAUGACUUGUACCUAUGCUGUGUCAGCUGCAGAAAAGGAGGGGGUGACAGCUAGCCACUGUUUGAACUUUGACCCUCAGGGCACUGGAGCAGAGGUCUGGUCUGAACUGCAAAGUCACGGGAAACUGUCCUCAAAACACGGCAAGAGUGAUCCAACUGCUAGAGGCAAGGAUAUUGGUGCAGCUGUGUCACUGAGAGCUGUAUGCAAGGCCGGGGCCUCACAGCUGCUAGAGUUCAGUCUGACUUGGGACAUGCCUCUUAUACACUUCAGGUCCAAGGAAGUGCAAUACACUCGGCGCUACACACGCUGGUUUGGUCAUCAAGGUAACGCCUCCCCCAAGUUGGCCACCUACUGCCUACUGAACUACACCGUGUGGGAGGAUAGCAUUGAGAGGUGGCAGGCACCUACACUCAACUGCAGUGAGAUCCCAGACUGGUACAAGUCCUUGCUGUUCAACGAGCUCUACUACGUGAGUGAUGGUGGAACAGUCUGGCUGGACCCUGUGGAGCCUGCAGACGAGGGGUCGGGGGAUACUGCCAUGGACGCACUAAUAAAGGAGUACGGAAAGUUUGCCUAUCUUGAAGGCCAUGAGUACAGAAUGUACAACACAUAUGACGUACAUUUCUAUGCGUCCUUUGCCUUGAUAAUGCUGUGGCCAAAACUGCAACUUUCCCUACAGUAUGAUCUAAGCAAAGCUGUGAUAGCUGAGAACAAGGAGCAGUUCCGUUUCUGUAUGGGAGGCCAUGUGGGUCACAGGAAGGUACUGAACACAGUCCCACAUGACAUUGGAGAUCCAGAGGAUGAGCCGUGGAAGCGUGUGAAUGCCUACAACAUCCAUCCUACUGUUGACUGGAAAGACUUGAACCUGAAGUUCAUACUGCAGGUGUACAGGGACUACCACGCCACUGGGGACCGAGCAUUCCUGGAACACAUGUACCCCAUCAUGAGGGUGCUGGUGGAGAGGUCCUUGGCGUGGGACAAGGACAACGAUGGGCUGAUAGAGAACGGCGGCUUUGCUGACCAGACCUUUGAUGCCUGGAUUGUCUACGGGGCAAGUGCCUAUUGUGGUGGGUUGUGGUUGUGCUCCCUGCGGAUGUUUGUUGAGGCAGCGAAAAUACUCGGUCAGUCAGAGGAUGAGACUAAAUACACCAAGAUACUCAACAAGGCAAAGGAAUCCUAUGAAAUCAAACUCUGGAAUGGCAAGUACUACAACUAUGACUGCAGCAGUCACGGGACCCAUGACAGUGUGAUGGCAGACCAGCUAGCAGGCAACUGGUAUAUGAAGGCUGCUGGCAUCAUAGAUGAAACUGUGUUCCCCUCAAACCAUGUGAGAUCGGCCCUGGAAACCGUGUUCAAAAACAAUGUAAUGGGGUUUGCAGACGGAAAUAUGGGUGCCAUCAACGGCACUCGGCCCAAUGGCAAGAAGGACAUCACUAGCUGCCAGUCUGAGGAGUUCUGGACAGGAGUCACGUCAUCCCUGGCUGCUCAGAUGAUCCAGGAGAAUAUGCUGGAUGAAGGUUUCAAGACGGUGUGGGGCAACUACAAUGUGUGCUGGGAGUGGCUGGGCCUGAUGUUCCAGAGUCCAGAGGCAUACAUGACCAGCAAGCACUUCCGUUCCCUUGGUUACAUGCGGGCGCUCGCGGUCUGGGCAGUGCAAUGGGCAUUGGAGAAGUACCACCCGAAGCUGUUCACUGCCUCUAAGAGCCCAGAGGAGAGUUAGAUGUAGUGAGGCGAAGCUGUGCCUACUGGACUUAGAAUUGCAAUAAAUGUAUUGUUUGCUUGGGGAAGGAGUUGGGCAUUUAAGUCAAUAGGUUAGUGAGAAAAACUAUUUUUGAGAAAUUUUCCUUAAAACAUAAGCAUGUGCAAAAAAAAUUAUUAUACUUGGGCUUUUCUUCUUUUUUUCAGCUCGCAUGAGCUCAAAGUGAUCAAAAUAUAAAGUCAGGUAUAUUUUCAGUUUAAAUUUCAAAAUAUUCUUGUCUUAUAUUGUUUGAAACUUUGCUUGGUUUUUAUGUUAUCUCAAAUUAUUUUCGUUCGUAAAAAUCUGGAGCGCCAAACUGUAUGUCUAUAUUAAAAACUUUAUUUUUAAGUCCUCUACAAUAUAAUUCCACAGAAGGCAAUAUUCCUUUGAUAACUUUUUAUUCCUAUUGUUUAUGUAACUUAUCUAUUGCUUGCAUAAUAGUUGCUUCAGCUGAUCAGUUAUGAUUUUAGAUGUAUAAUUUUGUUUAUAACUAAACAAAUCAGGUCAUGAAAAAUAAGUCUUUUGCCACAUGCCGUCAGCCUAGCUUCAGCUCGGCCUGUUCAUUUUUGGAAGUACCUUUGUUCAUAUGUUAUACUCAGAGUAUGAUAUUUGGAUGUUUUAACCUUAUAUGUAUUAAUGAAACAUGUUACCCUUUUAUUGUAAGAAUGUAUAUUAUAAUUUUUACCGGCACAUAGGUAUAUAAUGGAGACUUUUUAAAUAUCAUUUAUUGAGAAAAUGAUUGACAUGCAUAUAAUAUUUCGAUAACCAGUACUAAUUCUACGAGACAGCACAGGCAAAGUGAAUUCUUUAUUAGUUACAAUGUAAUCAUUAAGUAUGUGUAUGCUAUCUGUAUUGGCCAAUACAGUAGCUUUUACUGAAAAUGUGUUCUUAAUUUUUAGCAUUGUGUCCCCAUGUCAACUUACAAUCUCAACUUACUGAUUGUUUAUCCAUGUUGUUUGAUGGGAGAUCUGUAUUUCUAUUCUAAUUCGCUGCCAAUAUUCACAUCAGACAUUUGCAUUAAUCACCAUACUGUAAAAUCUUUUGACAUCACAUGUUUAUACACUCACUAUGUGCAUCAUUAAGAUCUAAUUUUGAAAUGCUUCUGCAAAAUAUGAUUAAUAAACAAACGUUUUCAUUCCAAAUGUCUAACAUUGUAUAAAGUGAUAUUGCAUGACAAUUCAAAAGCAAGCAUUUUAUUUAACAUACAUUAAUACAAACACUGUUUUAAGAAACUUACAAUUAAUUUCUAGAGAUUUGAAUUGAGUGUGUUGCAUUUUUACUAUUGCCUUUUUACAAAUAUAAAUUUGUUAAGUUAUAAUUGUAAGUAAUACAUCAUCCAUGUUGAAUUUGCAAGCUCAUGUUUUUUAAGUCACUUGCUUUUUCACUUCACUCGCGAAUUAGUUGUUGUGGACUUGUUUUUUGUUGAUUCACAUGUGUUCUAGUCUCGCAGCUUGUUCACAAUACAGAAGCACUUUGUUGUCUGAAUUUUAACAUUUGUAAUGGUUUAUGUUCAUAGAUAUUAAUGAAGGGAUAUUCCACUAACAUGAGGUUUCUUCUUUCAAAGAUAUUUAUAUUCCUUUUUCUUUCUGUUAAUUUUGGUAGAAAAGGAUCACAAACAUUUUUUUUUUAUUGAUUUGCCUAGAAACUUAUUUCAUUCUUAGGGUUUUAUAGAUUUGAAGUUAGUGUUUCAUUUUAGAUUUGACAUUAAUGAAUAACUUUUCCAGUUUAUAUAGCAGUAAGACCUAUAUUCUUAUGUGUUAGAUGUGUAAACGGGUUUUGUGUCAUAUCUAGGAACAGACAAGUUGUCAGAGCAAACAAGUAACAUAAUUGUUACUGGAAAUUUUGAAAGACUGUCAGAUUGCCUUUCUUGGAAGGCCCAGAUUAACAGUAAAAUGGAUCCUGCCUUCCUCAAUGGUUGGAAACUAAACUAUGGCAGUGCGGAAAAUUAUAUAUUCCUUUAACCCUUUCACAUUUAGAAGCAAAGUGAAAAUGUCUAUGUGCAAACAGCAUAAAACCAAACUAGCCUGCGAUUUACUCGCAGUCUGUUCAGGUUUUAUGCUGUUUGCUGCUCAUCAGUAUAUAAGGGUUGAAAAUGAAGCCUUAAACAGUUUAAUCUAGUAAGAAAGGUCUUUAAUUAAGUUUGAUUUUCUAAGGGAAUGCAAAUGCAUCAAAAUAUGUUGCGUCAAAAUACGUAUCUAAGUGGUGAAGGGUUAAUCACUUUUCUGGCUGUCAUGCUUUUAGGAAUGUAUUUUACGUAAAAUCUUAGUGUGUGUUUAUAGGCAGUGUCCUGAUCAGCCCCUGGAUAUUUUAAGGGGCAGGUUCAUUAUUGUUCACUUAGAGGUAUCACUUGCUGCCAGUGUUGCUUUUCCCUGUAGUACUGUUCACAUUUUAAGCUUUGAUUAUGGUAGUGCUUGUGUAACUUCUACCGUUUAUAUAAACAUUUUUUGUUUGUUGUUUUUUCAAAGACCAAUGUGCUGCCAUAUUCAUAUUGUUAUAACUAUGAAAGCAUCCUGACUUGUAUUUUCUAUUCAAAAACUGUGAUAACUACCCCUUUUUCGCAAUAUUAGUAGUAACAUUCCAAACUUAAUAAAUUGUGAAACAUGCACAUUGGUUUAAUUAGCUGUCUAGCAGUUAUGAUAAUCCAAUAAAAUUUUCUUCAUAAAUCAUUUUGAAAAAAUUAUAUUAAAAACAGACAUGUUAGUUUUUGUGUUGGGUGCUGACGUUAGGAAUCUUUAAGAUACUUGUCUGUGUUCUUUUAUGGUAGAAUAGGUAUCUUAGACAACUUUAUAUUAAAUUAUAUUUAGUCCAUUAAAUUAUGUUUUUUUAUAAAAUAUCACUUAAAUUAAAUAAUUUAUUAUGUAGUUUGUUACAAAUAUUUCUCAGCAAGACAAUUAUUGAUCUCUAAAAUACAGAGCUACAUGUUGAUUGAUUACGAAAACAUGAAUAUUUUAUAAAAUAAUAUGAUUAAAUCAUUAAAUGUAUCAAUUUAUGAGGUUUUUGCAUGACCAUGGUUGUUUCUACCUCUUGUAUCUGUGAAGAAUUAUAAGACAUUUCUUUAUUUAUCAACCAUGAAACACAUUUCUGAAUGGUUAAGUCCUUAAAGAUGCUUAAUCUGUAAUCUGUCAAAUUAAUAGCCUUGUUUUAAAAAUAAAUGCUUUCUUUUUUCAAGGAUGCAAAUUCAAAAUCAGUACUUUUACAAGAUUUGAAGUAGUCUUUAAACUUAAGAGUGUUUUAUUGCCUGUUAAAGUGACCAUUCAAAACAUUAUGCUUGGUAAUGGUUUACUGUUGAUAAAGACAGAGUCUUCAGAGCAUUCUAUGUCUGCAAAAUCAGAAAAUACAAAUGUCUUAGGAAAUAUUUCUAGACAUGAUAUUCAAAGCAGGCAAUUCAAACUGCAGAUAAAGACAGCCUGAAAAGGCGGACAGCCUUUUUUUCAGAAUAUAAAUGUUUUGCUUUUCAUAAAAACUUAAUAAUACUGCUAGUAUGGAUUAUUUUCAUACUUUGUGUAUUGUGAGCAAGUGCCAAAAUUAUUUUUUUAGACAAUAGUUGUUACAGAUUUAGCAUCUUUAAGCAGUUCCUUGUUAGCAAUAUGCAUUGCAUUUUGAUUGCUCACUUACUUAGACACAUGUGUGCGUGUUCAAGAGUAUUUGUUAAAUGAUUUGUCAACAUAUUUACAUCAGAUAUAUAAAACACACUUGAUAAAAGUUAGCUGC